AUGCGAGGAGAUGUUAUUCGCGCUUACGAGAAGAUGAUACAGGACGAGGGCGACAAUGCAGUGAUACAAGGAGCACGUCCCCUUUGGAACGAUGCAGUUCAGCUUCUUUUUGAUCUUAUAGAUGAGGGAACCACCACGAUCUGUAUUGAUGCAAUUGACGAGUGCGAUGAAGACUUCCUGGACGAACUCCUGGAAUUGAUUCAUCGUCUAUUGACCAGAGCUGAUGGAGGCCAAGUCAAGAUCCUCAUCUCCAGUCGCCCGUCAUUGAACGUUGCUGGUCGGCUUUCCUCUGCGCCACUUCUUUCCGUUGAGGUGGGCCAUAAUAGCACAGAUAUUGAGGCAUAUGCUCGGGAAAAGGCCGCAAAAUGUGUGGAAAAGAUGGGGAGUUCUGCUACAAUAAGUGAAACAGAGAAUGAACUAACAAGACACCUAGUCGACGGUGCCCAGGGCAUGUUUCUUUGGGUUAAGCUACGGGCCUUGGUGUUGCUUCGCCGAUCUGGCCGUUCCAUUUUCAAAGAGGAAAUGUUUCAGCCAUUCAGAGAUCUUCAUAAGGCUUUGGUGGACCUUUUUGAAGAUAUCUACAUCACUAUCAACAAUGACCCACGAGAGUCAAGAGCUUACCAAACAGCGUUAAUUAUAUUCCGGUGGCUAUUGUGUGCACAGGCGCCUGUUCGAGCAGAGGACCUCGUUCGGGCCCUCGCUCUGUAUAUGGAGAGAGGCAACAUUGGCUCCGAUGCAAAUGCCACGGAAUUUUCUGUACCCAUGGUGCUUGAAAGCUGUCAAGAUCUGAUUGUGGUUGACAAAGAUAGCAACGAGUUCCGUUUCAUCCACACGGCGGUACGUGACUUUCUUGAACAGAAAGAUGGGCUGCAGCCGCAGGCACAGCAUGCAGCUGUGUCUGAUCUUUGUUUAGCCACUGUUCAAAGAUCCUGGCUACCCCAGAUCCAGCCUGCUUCUUCGCUUGUCCUUGGGUGGAAUGAUCCCCAUAAAGACAAGAUAAUCCAGGCUCUUAGCUCACCAGCUACCUCAUUUUUCACUGCCUGUGCGUUUGGAUUCAAUAAUGUCAUUGGUCACUUCAUACAAUUGAGCAAAGAUUACAUAGACAGGACGAAUAACAUGGGUGCCACAGGCCUCCACCUCGCCUCUAAAUAUGGUCACCAGGAAAUUGCUGAGGCGCUCUGCAGAGCAGGCGCUCAUGUGGACCCCAUUGAUAAUGACAGCAAGACCCCUCUGAUUCGUGCAGCUGCGGGGGGCUACAAGGCUCUGGUCUUGAUGUUGCUAAAGGCAGGCGCCAGAGUCCGAGCACAAGGCCGGCGGUAUGGUACAGCGCUACAUGGCGCUGCCCUUCAUGGCCAUUUGGACGUGGUCGGGAUUCUUCUAGAUCAUGAGGCCGAUAUCAAGGCUACUGGUGGCCAAUUAGGAACGGCCCUACAUGCAGCCUGCCUUCGCGGCCAUGUGAGGGUAGUCAAGCGGCUUUUGGACGCCGGCGCGGAAAUAGAAGCACCAGAUCGGACCAGAAAUGAACAAGAGACACUUGAGAAGCCUGGAAAUGGGACUACAACGGCCGCCAGCAUUCUUAGUGUCGUCAAGAACGUACUGGAACAAGAACGAAACAAUCGAGAUGUGAAUUUGUACAUCUUACCGCAAGGCUUUGGUAUGCCAUUACAUACUGCUGCUCGAGCGGGCCAUGAAGCGGUCGACAAAGUACUGCUAAGCUACCCUGGAAUAUCACCUAACCGCAUAGGCGGCGAAUAUGGCAUUGCGUUGCAAUCUGCCGCCGUGGCUGGUCAAACGACUAUCGUCCGGCAACUCAUCGAUGCUAAAGCCUACCCCGACAUGCAAGCUGGGAAGUACGGUACGGUGCUGAUUGCAGCUUGCCGCCAGGCCAGCAUUGGAAUUGUGGGGCUUCUCCUGACAUCAGGCGCUUCAGUAAAUGUUCAGGCGGCUGUCUAUGACACCGCCCUUCCUGCAGCGUGCCGUAGUGGUAAUCAUCUUUUGGUACAGCGAUUGCCAAACUCAGGAGCCGAUGUCAAAUUGACCGGGGGCGAUUAUUGUACUGUCUUACAAGCAGCGGCUCGAGAGGGAUACGAGAAGAUAGUGCAGCUGUUGCUUCAGCAGGGUGCCGAUGUCAAUGUCAAGGGCGGAUCUUUUAGGAGUGCCCUGCAGGCUGCUGCUGUGGGCGGCCAUAAGCGGGUGGUGGAGAUGCUGCUGAAGGCCAAAAGAGAUGUGGAUGAUGAUGUAAAUCACUUCAGCGAUGUCUUCAGCACGCCGCUACAAGCAGCAUUGGCAGGACGCCAUGAUUCCGUCGCGCGAUGGCUCUUUGAGAAGGGGGCCAAAGCCACUAAAUCCAGAGGCAGAUGGGGAACAAGCCUCCAACUUUCAGCGCUGUCCGGGAAUGCGGACCUCGUUAGCUUAUGCCUCAAACAGGGUGAGGGUGCAGAGACUUGUAAGAGAACCCAUGGUUUUGAUAGAGAGGCAAUUCAGCAACUCGGCUUCAUUCUACCAACUUGUAUCGGGGAGUAUGAUCCAUAUCCCAUGGUACUCGCGGUGACUGGAGGCUACACCCAGAUUGUCACGCUCUUAUUGGAAGCGCUACCUCCCAAAGUCUCCAUGAGUAGCGAUGAUAAUUACAACUCCGACUACAAGGAUAGUUCCGACUAUACUUAUCACUCUGAUUAUUAUAGCUCGGACUUGUCCUCGUCUCAUGGCCAGUGCGGCCUGUAUCAUGCACUACUGUUGACCCUAGAGACAAACCAAGAGGAAGUAGUCAGUCUAUUGAUAGAUCAUGUGCUACCCAUUGAUCUUGAAACACGCGCAUGUCGGAAAGCGAGACUUAGCGUGGUGGUCAAAUUGCUAGAACUAGCUGAAAACCAUACGCCAGAGCAGGACAAACACCACAAGAACCUGUAUGCCCUAUCCAAGGCGAUCCACUGGAAAAGACUUGAGCUCAUGGAGCUACUGCUGCAGCGGGUUAUCCAGAGAAAGAAUUUUGUGUCCAGUGAUCUGGCGGAAGCUCUACAUAAUACAGUAUCUUGUGAGAGCCUGGAAAUUGUCAACAAGUUGCUUGACUGUGGCGCGAAUCCUACCGUGGAGUCUGAUUCCUUCAAGGAGUCUCAACAUGUCAAGCCAGACUUUAACGGGCACACUGGUGCUGAUGUAAACGCUAUUGGUGGCUACUACGGCACGGCAGUCCAGGCAGAAGCAGCAGGCGGGCACGAAAGCAUUGUGCAACGGCUCAUUUAUGCAGGGGCAAACCUGCACUACCAGGCCGAUACGAAAGCAAAGUGGCUUCCAUGGUACCGUACUUCAAGCAGCCGCAGUGACCGGAAAUGUGAAGUAUGUGGCCAUAUUGAUAGAGGCUGGUUCGGACAAACGCCCCUCCACCGGGCCGCGUACUACGGGAACAGCGCGAUAGUGACUCUUUUGCUGGCCAAGGGAGCCAAUACUGAAAUUAUUGACCGUGAAGGCUGCAGUCCUGUGCUUCUCACGGCGCCAAUGGGUCAUCGAGAGAUUUUCGCCUGCCUUCUGGCCUCAGCGGCCCAGUCUGGUACCAGCUCCGUGACCCAAGAACAGCAGCUACUGCAUUCGGCAUCACGAUACGGGCAUAUUGGCAUCUUUGAGCACCUAGUGGCUGAGCAGGACAUUGUAGACCUAUUAGAUGACAACGAUCAGACCGCUUUGUCCAUUGCUGCCUCGAGUGGACAUUGUUCCACGGUGCGCUUUCUCAUCGACAAAGGGAGUGAUAUCAAUCAUCAUGCUCAUGACCGACUAACAGCACUCCACCUAGCCGCAGACUCUGGUUAUGACGACGUGGUUCGUCUCAUUUUGAAAUAG